ACGGAUCGCAGCUGAACUUGUUUGGUGGACAAGAUGGCGACUGUCGCUUCCCAAAGAAGUUUCACCAUCUAACGCUUAUUUAUGUUCUCAACGAUUUGUUUUUUUAAAGUACACGGAACUAAAGUUGAGUUUGUAGUCACGGAGCGUGACCUGAAGUGAAGAUUGAAGACGUAAAAGAAGACGGACGACUACUUGCUAUGCUAAGAUGGCGACGUCAUGUCAAAGAGAAAGUGAAAGACAAUCAGCGCCACCAACUUCCAGCAAAUCGGAGAGAAAAAGACGGAAACUGCAGAUAAAGAUGAACGUCCAGCAGCUGAUUUGUGAUCGAGAAAAACUUCCUUUUCAGUUAGGGGCGAGCUCCGGUCUGAAACAGGAGACUCCACAACCACCCUGCAUUAAAAAGGAAGAGGAGGAACUCUACAUCACUCAGGAGGGAGAGUGUCUUCUAGGACGAGAGGAAGCUGAUUACACCAAGUUUCCACUGACUAUUGUCUCUGUGAAGACUGAAGAUGAUGAAGAGAAACCACAAGUAGACAACCUCUUAGCUCCACUAUCAGACAGUGAGGCUGAAGACGAGGUUGAAGUAACUUUGAGCAGCGAUACAGACUGUGAAGGUGAUAAGAUGACUCACACUGACAACAAACACUCUGAAUGCUCUACAAAGAAGAAAUGUUUGAGCUGCUCAGUUUGUGCUAAAAGCUUUACUAAAAACAGCCAAUUAAUUUAUCACAUGAGAACGCACACAGGAGAAAAACCAUACAAAUGUUCAGUUUGUGGUAAAAGUGUUACCCGAAAGAGCCAUUUGACUGAACACAUGAGAACACACACAGGAGAAAAACCAUAUAUCUGUUUAGUUUGUGGUAAAAGCUUUUCUCAAAAGAGCAGUUUGACUCCACACAUGAGAAAACACACAGAAGAAAAAACAUUUAAUGGCUCGGUUUACACAGGAGAAAAAACAUAUAAUUGUUCGGUGUGCAGUAGAUGUUUUUCUCUGAAGAAUUCUUUGCUUCAGCACAUGAGAAAACACACAAGGGAAAGAACAUUUACUUGUUCGGUUUGUUGCAAAAGUUUUCCCGUAAAGAAGCGUUUGACUGAACACAUGAGAAUACACACCGGAGAAAAACCAUUUGCCUGUUCAGUUUGCGCUAGACGUUUUUCUCAAAUGGGCAGUUUGACGAAACACAUGAGAACACACACGAGAGAAAAAACAUUCAACUGCUCAGUUUGUCACAAAAGCUUUUGUCAAAGCAGCAGUUUGACUAAACACAUGAAAAAACACGCGGGAGAAAAAACGUUUAGUUGUUCAGUCUGCGGCAAAAGAUUCCGCAGUAAUGCGGAUGCACUAAAACACACGAGAACACACAAGGGAGAAUAACCAAUCGGCUGUUUAGUUUCUGGUAUUUUGCUCAUAUGUGGCGACGUCCACACACACCCAAGAUCUCCUCAAAUAAGUUCACUGCUUCUUUCACAAAUAUCUGAGGUAUUUGUGUACAAAUUGGGAUUAUCUGGAGCCUAAAUGUAUCUCCUCAUGACCCCAUGUCAUCUCUGUAAUAUUAGUUUAGUUUAGUUUAUUAAGGAUCCCCAUUAGUCUACAUUUAUUAGACUAUUAAUAUAUUCUAUUAAUGUUAGGACAAUGACAUAAAUAAAUGUUGCCACCAAGCAGCCAGCCAUCACACACAAUGCCAGUUUGUAGUCUUUUCCCAACCUUAGAAUGUAAGAAUCAUGUGUGGAAGUGGAAGCAGGACACAUCUCCAUAAUGUUGUUCAGUGCAUUUGUACAACGCAUAUGAAAUCUACACCAAUCAAAUUAAAUAUGUUUCUUGUUGACAUUUACAUAAUUAUCAUGUGAUGGUGCUUUUCUAGCAGUUUUAUAUUAAACUGGUUUUCAUUGAGGGCCACAUGACAGUUAUGACUGCCAUCAGAGGGCCGCUUGUAACAGUGAAUUAUGUAUGAAUUUGCCUCAGGAUUUCAUUAUUAAUUAUAUAAAAUGUUCCAAGUGGACUGUCGAUUUUAAAAAUCAAAACUUUACAUUUACAACAUUUUUAUUGUAAAAUAUUUUUUUUUUACGUUUGUUUGUUUUUUCACAAAAUUUUACUGUAAAAGAUAGUUUGUUUGUUUUUUUUCCACAUCAUUUUAUGGUGAAUGGAAAAACAGUACCACAAUUUUUCAGAGCUGGGCUUUUUACAGGAAAAAGCUGUUGCCAGAAUGUUUGUGUUGAAUGUACAUUGUUUUUUUACAACAUAAUAUUUCCAUCCAUCCAUCUUCUUCCGCUUAUCCGAGGUCGGGUCGCGGGGGCAACAGCCUAAGCAGGGAAAGCCAGACUUCCCUUUCCCCAGCCACUUCGUCUAACUCUUCCCGGGGGAUCCCGAGGCGUUCCCAGGCCAGCCGGGAGACAUAGUCUUCCCAACGUGUCCUGGGUCUUCCCCGUGGCCUCCUACCGGUUGGACGUGCCCUAAACACCUCCCUAGGGAGGCCUUCGGGUGGCAUCCUGACCAGAUGCCCAAACCACCUCAUCUGGCUCCUCUCGAUGUGAAAGAGCAGCGGCUUUACUUUGAGUUCCUCCCGGAUGGCAGAGCUUCUCACCCUAUCUCUAAGGGAGAGACCCGCCACACGGCGGAGGAAACUCAUUUUGGCCGCUUGUACCCGUGAUCUUAUCCUUUCGGUCAUGACCCAAAGCUCAUGACCAUAGGUGAGGAUGGGAAUGUUGAUCGACCGGUAAAUUGAGAGCUUUUCCUUCCGGCUCAGCUCCUUCUUCACCACAACGGAUCGGUACAACGUCCGCAUUACUGAAGACGCCGCACCGAUCCGCCUGUCGAUCUCACCAUCCACUCUUCCCCCACUCGUGAACAAGACUCCUAGGUACUUGAACUCCUCCACUUGGGGCAGGGUCUCCUCCCCAACCCGGAGAUGGCACUCCACCCUUUUCCGGGCGAGAACCAUGGACUCGGACUUGGAGGUGCUGAUUCUCAUUCCGGUCGCUUCACACUCGGCUGCGAACCGAUCCAGUUGUUGGAGAAAACAUUUUUUUAUUAAAUGAAGAUUGGUAUAUUUGUAAUAAUAGAGGAGACAAAUCUUCACUGAAUAUUUGAUAAAAUUCUGUAUUUUACCUAUCAGGGCCAGAUUUAUUUUUUUCAAAUGAAUUUAUAGCUUUUUGAAUUUCCAUUUAUUGUAUAAGUUCCUCCAGUGAUUUUUUUUGUCAUGCUCUGAUAAGGAUGGCAGUUGUGUUGGGUUUAAAUUUGACUGCAUAGCUUCUAUGCUAUAUUCUCGGGCUUGUAUAAAAUGUUCUAAAUGUUUCAUUGAUUUGCUUGGGAUCAACAGAAAUACUACCAUCUGAAAGUUAAAUAUUAGAUAUAUGAUUUCUAGUCAUCUGCUUCUUUCAUCUUAAUGCAAGGAGCUUUCCAGCUUGCUCGCCGUAUUCAUGAAACUUUAAUUUUGCCCAAUUGAUUUUAUAUAUUCAACCUUCUGUUUUAUUAUAUUAUCAUAUUCCAUUCUUUGUUUGCAAAGUUUGAUCCAUGUUUCCUGAUUAUACAGUUUGGACAAUGUGUCCUGCAAUUGUUGGAUUCCAUUCAAUAAUUCGUUUUCUUCAGCACGUUGUUUUUUAUUCUUAAAGCUUGCAAUCCUAAUAAGUUCUCCUCUUACACAACACUUAAGUGCUUCCCGUAUUGUGGAGAUGUCAGAAACAGAAUCCUGGUUAUUUUUUAAUAAAAUCUGAAAAAAAUGAUUUAAUAUGUCAUUUAUUUUCCUCACUUUCUAAUAAAGAAAUAUUAAUUUUCCAUUGUUUGAAUUGGAAAGCGACUGGAGGAAAGUUUAUGUUGAUUUGAAUUGGACUAUGAUCAGAAAUAAUUAUUGGGUGAAUUUUAGCCUGCACGUUUUCUACAAUUGCCUCAGGAACAAAGAACAUAUCAAUUCUUGAAAAUGACUGAUGUCUGUUUGAAUAAAAAGUGAAAUCCUUCUCAUGUGGAUUUAAGUUUCUCC